GUUUUUUUAUUAUUACCCUGCUGAUCGUCUGUUGAAAUAGGCAGAAACUUGAACAAGUUUCAAUGUCACGGAUGUCAAAAACGCGGUGAUAACGUUAAUUUUGAUUUUUCUGCACACUGACGUACAACACAAGGCCUUAUGGCUGAUUUAAAGUUUGGAGAUUUUGUUGGAGAAUUUAUUCGGCUUUGGGAAACCCAAUUGGAAAUCAGCUGGGAUGCUGGAAAAGAAUUUGUAUGCAUGUCUGAGGAAGGACCACACCUGUCCUUGUUACCAGAUGAAUUUCUCCCGUCCUUGGACCGUCACCUAUUUCAGCUUAAGACACAGAUUGAAAAUGAUGUCAGUGGGCAAAAUGUAGAUGCUUUCACUAAAAUCGUAAAGGCUCUCUUCAUAGUGAGCAGAAACUUGGACAACAUUCCAUUUAUUGCAUCCUGUCAACUGAUUCCAUCAUGCAUAUCUGUUUCAUCAAAUAUUUUAACAUGCAUGAUGAGCAGACAACUAGAAAAGGAUGAAGUGGCUUCCGUUGUUUUAGUUUGCUUGUUCCUGGAAGCCCUUUAUGAUCCUUAUUUUAGCUACCGGAAGUCUAUAGUCAAUGAAACAGUUGACACAUCAAAAAUUAAGUAUCAUCCUGCCCUGCUGCAAGCAGAAGUAAUCCCUUUUAUCUAUGAUUGCUUUCAACAUUUGAAUGCCACCUCCAUUCCAGUGAUUGCUCUGAGUUUAUUGCAUCUAUUUGGAGGCAUCAUAAAAGGAGGAGAGCAUAAUGCAGCCAAAGCUAUAGCUCCUGCCACAGUGCAGCUUUUACAAAAAGCCUUUCUUAAUUCCAAUGACAACCUUCAAUUAGCCAGUGCCGUCUUACACUGUGAAACUGCUGUAGUGCAUACGUUGAUGAACACGCGACCUGAUCAGUGUCAAAUUGAGCUUGGUGAGGUGAUGGAAAUAUAUCAAAACACUGUAGGAUUAUUAGCCAAUCAAGAAGCCGAGUUAUUGAUUCAAAUAUCAACGAACCGAACACCGAUUCUUUGUCUCGCCGUGCAAUCAAUAGUUCAAUUUUUGCGACACCGGCGCCGAGAAUCGCUUCAAAUUCUUUUAGUGCGAACGGGAGUGGUCGACUUUUUAAUCAUGCUUCUUUUUGAUGCCAAAUUGAGUCCCGAGGACAAACGAGUAUUGGUUGUUUCUAUUAUCAGAGCCCUAACGGCUGUUUUACAAGAUAACAAACAAGCCCAGGAGCUGUUGUUAAGUAGUGGUGGUUAUCAAAAAUUGUUCGAGGCGAUAAAAUCUCUAGGAGAGCCUACGCGACUGAUGAUGGAUAGCCUGAUUGCCAUGGCAAAUGGUCGUGAUCACGAUGGCGGAGAAGAACGCGAGUCGAUGGUUCGCAACGUGGAGCCUAUUGCACACUUAGUAGAUUGGCUUCCUGAAAUCAACGACCAUGAGCUGCAAUUUGAAACUGCCUUGGCAAUCAAUCAGAUUUGCUCUUCUUCUCUUCAAAGCAAAGCGAUGUGCUGUCAGCGUGGUCUGCUUCGUCAUGUGAUUUCUGUUCUGGAGUUUCACGCUAAAUUAAACAUCCGAAGUAUCAAGCAAAUGUUGCGGUUGAUCCAAAGUCUCGGCUCCCAUUCAAUCACGGCAGCUGAACUGAAGCUAAUAUUACGACUCAUGAGGGACACCAACGACGAAGAGUUUCCGUAUUCUUCGUACGUGCUCCACUGCUUGUCGUCUAUGGCCAAAAAAGACGCUGCGUGUCAGGAAUGCCAUUACUACUUUGACAUCCAAUAUGAAACGGAAGGAAUCUCAAUUUCUGAUAUUGCGCAAUGGCAAAAUCCUGGGUAUGCACUUUCUGUAUGCUCGUGGCUGCGCUUGGAUGCUUUCGAAAAUCCGAGUUCCCCUGGCAGUAAUUACAGACGACAAUUUUUCAACUUGUCUUCGAACAAGGGCCACAGUUUCGAAGCUUUUUUCCUGUCUGACGGUACUUUGGUAGUAAGCGUCACUUGGAAAAAGGAAUAUACCACAGCCAUGGUUCACAGUGUGAUUUUAAACGAUCAUCAGUGGCACAGCGUCUGCAUUUCAUUUAUUCCAUCCAGACGCCUUUUCGGUCAAAGUCACCUUUCGGUUUAUGUGGAUGGCGCUUUGCGGUUGACGGUGAACGUCCGAAUCCCUCCAGUUGGUGAGACAUUUUCUUCUUUUACCAUCGGUGCUCCCGCCAUCUCAGACCAAGGCAAUUCAAAUAAACAGGAAAGCAGCAGUGCUUUUAGUCUUCCAAGGAAAAAGAGUGACGCCCGCUCGCCAGGAUUGUCGUCUCACAUUCCCAAUUAUUUCUCUCUGCCCAUAGCGCUCUCUUCACUAAAAACGCCUGCCAGCGAACAGCAUAAUGUAGAUCCUGAAGUCCGCAUAAUUCCCCAAGGAAGCCAAGAUUCGAUCUGGGGAAAGCCUACUUGUUUGCACGGCCAAAUUGGACUUUUUGCCUUGUUGCAAGACUCUUUGAACCCACAGAACGUUCGAACUUUUCACGAAGCCGGAGCGAAUAGUAUGUCAAUAUGGAACAGUGAAGACGCCAACCUCGAUGUUUUAGAAUUCUAUUCAAAGGUAGCAAUUUGUCUCUCCGCCAGAGCUCAUUACAAUUCGUAUUGUAUGGAUCUCUCAUCCACUCACCAAUUUAACGGAAGCACUAAAGCACCCGUCUGUACCGCAUGGGAUGUUAAGGAGGUUUUGAGCUGUAUCGGUGGCGUUCAAGCUCUUUUUCCCAUUUUAGAUACCGUCGUACAAAGCGACCUCGUAAAUCCACCUCUUACUGGUCCUUUGCUGAGUCCCGAUUCUGACAAACCCGAAGUUGAUGGAUGGGAAGUUCUGCCUUCCUCGUCGUAUGCAGAUUGGAAACUUGAACAGAAUCCAGUUUCUGGGUUCCUGUCAUUACUAAGGAAUGUUCUGCAUCAUCACUCAACCAAUACUGAUCAAUUGGUCAGAGGAUCUAACAUAGCGAUUAUUGGAAGCCUUAUGCAAAAGGUUCAGCCAUCAUUGAUCGAUGUGCAAGUUCUAAUGGCUGUUCAACUCCUAGUCGAAUUCGCAAGAGAUGCUCAAGACCCCGCAUUCCUACAAAGUCUCUACCAGCAUAUCCUAUUCGAUAUGAGGAUAUGGGGUAGAUCACAGUUCCACGUUCGUAUCGGCCAUGUGCAGUACUUGUCGAAUUUGAUUCACGAAGACCGACAUUCAUUCCGGAAAAAAUACGGCCCCCAGUACUUGCUGGAUGUAAUCAAACAGCAUUAUCAAAAUGACGACCAAUCCGAUUUGAGCAUCGAUGACAGAAAAACAAUGCGCCUAGCUCUACUAGGCAUUUUAAAAAUGUACAUAAAUAAGGAGAUUACCGCUGGCGACAUUUCUGCCAUCACGGGAUUUCUCUGGUCUGUUCGUGACAAUGAAAUGAUCACGGAGAUAUUGGAUGUUCUUUUAACUUACAUUGAAAAUAAGAGCCCAAAAGAUCAAUUUUAUUUGUUAAUGCUGGAGCCACGUUGUGCUGAAAUACUUUACGCUCUGUUACUGGAAAAAAUAUUUUCUAUCGAACUGCGGGAGAAAGUCUUAAAGUUGCUGAUCAACAUUCUUAAAACGGAUCGAGCCUAUGAAAAGAGUAAAGUACGACUUUACUUACACGACGUAGGAUUCCAAGGGCUACUCAUGCUUAUGCAAGGACAGCCGUCCAGCUUAGAAAUGACGCAUUUACUGACCGACAUCAUUCUUUCAAGAGAUCAUCCAAAUAGUUACACUGGAGCAAUGGCACUUGCCUUUUCUCUUGCUGAAGAAAAUCUGGAAAUCAAAUUGGAAUUCAGUAAAAGGCUUUUGGGAUUUAUGCUUUCGAGACCAAAUGCUCCUUCCACUUUUGUCAAACAAACUAGCUGGCAAGAGUGUAUUGCUCGCUUGUUGAUUCGGAAACCGAUCGCUUCUUCAGCCAACACGGGAAUAAAGCCAAUGGUACCGGAUUUGAUCGACCUAGAUGUGGAAGCAGCCACCUAUCGCGUAAUAUCUACUCCAACAGCUACCACACCCAUGUCUCCAUCUAAAAUGUGGCCAACUACUCCUUCAAUGAGAGAUUCAACUGGGCUGAACCUUGGUUUGGGUGCUACACUGGAACAGGACAUCAAAGAUGUUGCCGAAAGUGUUAGCAAUUUGGUGGCAGGUGCCGUGACUGGUAAUUUAAAUAAUAUUGCCAUUGCAACCGGCAAUUUACAAAAUGCUGCCGAAGUACUUACGGACAAUUUGCACAAUGUUGCAGGCAACUUGCAAACCAAUAUCCAUAGUGCCGUUAACAGCGCUUACAGUUUAUUUCGUCAGAAGACGCUUCAAGUACAAGGGAGUUUGGAAGAAUUAGGUGAGAAUACCAUUCAGCGACUGAAACGCCGCAGUCAAUCGGCUCAAGGAGCCCCUGAUACUACCGAUGCUACAGACACAGGAGCUUCAACAAAUUCUUCUCCUCGAUUGAAACAUCCUUAUAGAUUUUUAGUUGCCCCUCUUGAAGUGGCUGUUGAUGCAUUAAACAUCGAUCACAGUGACGAUGAUUGCCCAAGAAAUAACAAAAGGGAAUCUUCGGUGAGCAUAUCUUCACGAACAUCCGGACAAGUAACCUCAAAGAAUUAUAAUGACUUUGGUCCUAGCGAGAGUUUGGACGUUGAAACAUACAGUCUUAUCUCGGAAGUUUCUGGUCAGUGGUCAGGUUUAGUGCUUGACCCUACUUUGGAUCCGGAAGAGGAUCUCUGCUCGACAGUUCUUAGCAUUUAUCUUGUAUUACUUUGGCGAGGCAUCCCGGGUUGCUCGAAGGAUGAUUGGCGCGAAAGAAGCCAGAUUCUAAGUUGCAUCAAUCUUCUUGGUCUCAACAACGAAUUAUACCGUUCCCAUUUGGAGAUUAAACGGCGUUUAAUUGAAAUGAUCCUGCAAGCCGCUGGCAACGAAUUGAAACAACUAGCGGUUAAUGCGGCUUCCCGGAGCAACGUCUUGGUUAAUUGCCAAUACGCCGCUCGUUGGGUCUAUGACUUGGUUGUACUAGAUCCUCAUGAAGAUGAGGCUAAGAAGAUGUCGCUGAAACUUCUAGAACUUACCCUUGCCGUUUUUGACGUCAUGAAUAUUUUCCAAGAAGAAGAUUUUGCAUCAAGAAAAUCGACUGAAAUGUAUCACGUCGCUCUAGGGUUGCUUCUUCGAUUCGCAUCAAGUUCCAACUCGGAACUAUGCGCAAUUGCCGCUGCCCGACUUCAUGCUCUUAUUCAGUUCAAAAGCAAUCCGGAAAUAAACGAAGUUGCUUAUCUCAUCUUUAAUAUCAAUUCCAGUCUACUGGCUGUUCAAGGAAAGGAAGAUAGCUCCGACUGCUACGCUUGUCUAAUACCAAUCAUGAAAGCUGCUCUAGAAAAAGUUGGACCGGAAUUGGAAUUCGAGCCGAUAUGUUCAGCAUUUCCCGCAAAGCUUUUUGAUCAGUUUCAACAAGUCAGCCAAGAAGAAGCGUGGAAAACUUGGAUUGACGAAAAGAUUCGUCCGAGGAGCGAUCAGUUUCGCGCUCUUCAUCUCCAAGCACUACCCGAGAUCAUGAACAGAAGCUGGGCCGAGAGUGACGAGUUGGCGAUGUUAGCUGUACAUCGAAGAUGUCGAGAAGUCAACGAAUCCAAAAUCAAAUUUCAGAUGCAAAUCCUGGAUGCCUUCCGGAGUAAACAGUCCGAAGAGCAUGUCCGAUUCAAUGCCUUUUUGAGUCAUCAACGUGGUCACGCAUUGGUCAUUCGCAAGAAAUGGCGUCAGUUGAAACAAUUCCUUAUUGGACCUCGUGGCUCUUGGGCUCAGCGAGUCGACUCGGAGAAAAGGUGGAAGUUGUCGCUUUGCGAAAAUCGUUCUAGGAUGCGCCUCAAACUUGUACCAAAUCCACAUUUUGAUCCUCACAUCCAAGCUAGUCGACUGAGAGAUAAUGCAGGCAUUCAAGUGGACAUUCAAAGCCCAGAUUCACUCAAUUGCCUGUUGCCCAGCAAGGUGGCUAAUCAAGCGCUGAAACGCGCAUUCAAUGCUCAGGAGCCGGAAGACAGUUUAACGGAGGAAGAUUUUGCUUUAGCUGCUUCCCUAGAGAAAGAAGAGCUCAGUGAAGGGAAAGAGAAAGUGACGACAAGUGAAGAAUGCGAACUGGUUACACUGAUGUCAAUCGUUAAAGGCCGCUUAGAGAUAUCACGCGGCUGGAUCUGUUUCUGGGAUGCUGGCCUCGGUUGCGAAUCGGCUGAUAGAGAGCGAGCUGAUUUCAAAUUCGCACUCAGCCAAUUACAGGAAGUCCAUUUGCGCCGUUACAAUCUCCGACGUAGCGCACUUGAAUUUUUCCUCAUAGACCACACGACCUACUUUGUUAAUUUUAAUACCAAAACGCGUAAUCGAAUCUACAGUCGGAUUCUGAGUUUGCGCCCGCCCAAUCUGCUUUACUACAGUAGUAGAUCGCCAGCUGAUGUGCUCCGUUCAUCUGGACUAACCCAGCGCUGGGUUCAAAGAGAAAUCUCAAACUUUGAUUAUUUGAUGCAGUUGAAUACUAUCGCCGGUCGGACGUACAAUGAUCUGUCGCAAUACCCAGUUUUCCCAUGGAUCUUGGCAGAUUACCACUCCGAAACUCUGGACUUAACUAAUCCAACAACCUUUAGGGACCUAUCACGACCCGUCGGUGUCGUCAAUCCCAAAAAUGCCAAAGAAGUUCGUGCCAAAUACGAUCAUUUUGAAGAUCCUUCAGGUAUUAUUGCCAAAUUUCAUUACGGCACACACUAUUCGAAUGCGGCAGGUGUGCUUCACUAUUUAGUUCGAAUGGAGCCGUUUACUUUGCUGCACAUUGAACUCCAAAGCGGCAGAUUUGAUGUAGCCGAUCGACAGUUCCACUCUCUUAAUUCAACUUGGCGGUUGCUCAUGGAUAACCCCAAUGACGUCAAAGAACUGAUUCCGGAAUUCUUUUGCCAGCCUGAAUUCCUGAUCAAUAUGAACCGAUUAGAUCUCGGUAUUCUGCAGGCCACUAAGCAGCCGGUUGACCACGUUGAACUCCCCCCUUGGGCGAAAUCACCUCACGAUUUCAUCGAUCAACACCGCAAAGCACUGGAAUCUGAUCAUGUAUCAGCACACCUGCACGAAUGGAUUGAUCUCAUAUUUGGUUACAAACAAAGAGGACCCGCUGCGGUAGAAGCUCUCAACGUGUUCUACUAUUGCAGCUACGAGGGUGCAGUGGAUCUCGAUGCGAUAUCGGAUCCAGUGGAACGGCAAGCAGUGGAAGGGAUGAUCAAUCACUUUGGUCAGACGCCCUGUCAGCUUUUUAAAGAGCCUCAUCCGAUGCGUCUCAGUCAAAGCGAAGCUCUAGCCAAAUCCAAAUAUCCGCCUUCUAUAGAACUGUUCUUUGACGGGCUGUCAUGCGUUCACAUUGCCGAUUUGACUGUCGAAACGCGAGAUUCCAUCGUCUAUUUGGGCAUUCCUAAUUCGGAUAUCGAUUCUACUCGUAGUCGUGGCUAUGGCUCUCAAACAGCUUCCAUUCCAGACGUCUUGGUCAGUGUCAGUCGAUCCGGUUGCAUUGGCCUCCAUGCGUGGGCUUCUCAUGACAAAAUGCUGCCCUACGGGUUCUCCUUGGAACGCGAUCCAACGCUCAGCAAUCCUAGAAACCGGAGACGAAUCAACGAAUCUUUUCAUCCCAGUGUCAAGCUCAAUAGUCGAUUGAUUAGCGUCUCGUCUGACUGCAAAGUUUACGUCGGCGGCCAACUGGACAACAGUGUGAAGGUGUACGCUCUGCCACGACUGAGGCUGCUCAGUUCAGUCACCCAACACAUUGACAUCGUAACAUGUUUAGCACUGGACGAGAGCGGAUCUCAAUUGAUGACUGGAUCGCGUGACACCACUUGCAUCGUUUGGGAUCUGUCGUCCACGGUGCUCAAAUCCGUCCAGGUCCUCUACGGACACGACAAAACUGUCACGUGCGUUGGCCUCUCUACGUCGCUAGACAUGGCUGUCAGCGGAUCGCUGGACGGGACGGUGAACGUGCAUACCAUCAAAGAAGGGCAAUACAUCCGGACACUGCAUGCCGCCGGACGAGCCGACUUUGAUCGCAUUGUCAUCACCCAACUCUGGUUGUCUGAUCGAGGCGAUGUCGUCUUCGCUGCCGAAGAGAAAGACAAUUUUUCCAUCCAAUCCUACUCCAUCAACGGCGAAAGAAUUGGCCUCUCGUACAGUCCGUUCGCGUUUACCGCUUUAGCUUCGGCAAGUGACGGUUACGUAGUUUGCGGGGACUCUAAUGGUAAUGUAACCAUCAGACGCAUCAUCAGCUUAGUUCCCGUCUUUGACAUUCCAAUGCAAAGCUGUAUCGAAGAUUUGGUAAUGGCUCCUCGCAAUACCCAACUUUUAGUAGCUCUUCGAGAUGGCAAAGUAGUAGUUGUCGCACCCAAUAUUCCGCAAUAGACUCGACUCGUGACACGGAUGAGUGUUUCGAGUCGAUUAUAAAAGUCAUGAGCCUAGUGAUAUGAAUCAUGUCAAACGAACGAAACAUUUUUUUUUAAGUUAAACAUGUCCUGUGGAAACUUCCGAAAAUUUUAUGAUUGCGGAAAAUGUAGAGACUGCAAUUUUUUUUUCUUGUCUGUUUAUAUCAUGUCUGUGAAAUUGUCAAUGUUUUAUGUUCACUAAUCCAUCGUAUUUUCCCGUCAUUUGCGCGAUGCUUGUCGUGACUCUUCGAAGGGCUGUACAACAACCGUAAUGAAUUUUUUAAUAUCAUUUAAUAUCUGUUUUAAUUUAUGAUUAAGGCAGACACCGAUUGUAAGUGAUUUAAUACAUUCUAUUUUAUAAUUCAA